GGCAGCAGCGGCAGUAACAGGAGGAGCAGUAUCAGAUCGAAGCCCACCGGGCUCGCGGUGAUGAUGACGGCAGGGGUAAUGACGAUCAUAGCGUAUCCUUGUGGAGGCCUGCUGCCGGUCGCCUCCGCUUCGGCAACAGCAGCAGCUGCUGUUGCCGACGCCGGAGCUGAUGUCAAUAUCGCCGGCGGCAUGUCGAGGCAUCUCGGCCUAGCGCAGCCACAGCAGCAGCAGCAGAAGAGGGAGGGGGAAGAAGGGGAAGGGGUCGUUCGGAUGCUCAUCACGACCUCCUCUUCGCCCUCCCCCCUCUACACCGACGAUCCCGUCCCCGUUGUCAGCUACGACGACGACUUCGAGGGCGGGGGCGCCGCAGCAUCCCCCACCCCGGGCCCAUCCACCACCGCCACCGUCACCACGGCGGAGCCGUCAACUGCGGAGCCCCUUACCUCCACUCCGACUCCGGAACCAACAACCGCCGCGGCUGCCGCCGCUCCCACGCCCGCUCCCACGCCCGCUCCCACCCCCGCCGCGGCGGAUUCCCAGCCGUCGGUGGCCCCCGUGGCAGCAACAGCAACCGCCGAGCCUACGGCAGCGGCGACCGCCGCUGCCGUUGUUGUUACGCAGGAGCCGUCUGCGGCGGCGGUGACGACCACCGCUGCGCCGCAGGAGGAAGUUGUGGCCACGCUCGCUCCCACGAUACCCGAGGAGGAGGAGAUGCGCACCCCCUCUCCGGCGUUGGCUGUGGACACCCCGCCCCCGCCUGCCGAUGCCGAUGCCGAUGCCGAUGAUGAUGCCGCUACUGCGGCGGUGACGCCGGCUCCCACCGCCGCUGCCGCGGAGAGGGAGGCCGGCGAUGACGAUGGCCAGGCGGAAGACGCUACGACUGCUACUACUACUCCGGCACCCGGGGAAGGGAGCAUCAACGUGACUCCGGCCCCCGCUUCCGCGGGGGGGGCGGAGGGAGGCGACGACGACGCUGUGGCGGAGACCCCGGCGCCGACGAUGGAGGGCGCGGUGGGGCAGCUCACAGGUUCGGUCACGGCGCCGAGUACGGUGCUGGGCUCCCCCGCGUCGGCAAACAUGCUGCUCCUGGCGCUGGAGGAGCUGCUGGAGAUGGAGGACCAGGACAGCAUCAGGGUGGUGAUUACGAGGGAGGGCAUUGCGAGGCGAAGGGGGCGACGCCUGCGGUUGGGGUUGGGGAUGUGGGGGGAAGAGGAGGACGGGAGGAGAGGCCAGAAUUCCGAUUCUCGGGCGCUCUCACACGUGGCCAUUUCUUCCAUCCUUCUCAUCUGGAUUUAG